GAGAAAGAGAGAGGAGAGAGGAGAGAGAGAGAGUUGAUUGUAUUGACCGCUCCGUCACCGUCGCUUCCUCCGAAUCCCCAACUCUUCCUCCUUAUAAUCGUUUCUCCCACUUUCACGCCAAACUCGCUUUCUCCGUCUUCCUCUCUCCGCAAUAUCCCAUUUCCCAACACAUUAACACAAAAACUAAUACAAAAUUAUCAACAAAAAUAUCCAAAUGAAACCCCCAACCAUAACCGCCGCCCUCCUCCGCCGCCACGUCAGUAUCCCCACGCCCUCCCAAUCCCGAUAUCCCCCAACUCUUUCCCUCUAGUUCCAUAUGCAUCCCUUCUGCUGCGUCUUCACGCUCUCCGAUCACUCCCCGGACCUCCACAUGACCUCCUUCGGCUCCAGAUCCGACUCCCACGCCCGCACCGCUAAAAUCGAUCCGAGCAGUGUCCACAAUCAUAGCUACACCCACGCCCAUUCCAGCGCCGACUACGGACGACUCAGUCAGCGCACCACGGCGGCUGCGGCUGCUGCCGCCGCGGCAGCCGCGGAGGUUGUGUCUCGGCCGCCCUCGGGAAGGGAGCAGCCGGUCGACGUCAAGAUAAACGACAUCGUUGGGAAUGGCGUGUCGGGAAUUCUGUAUAAGUGGGUGAAUUACGGCAAGGGGUGGCGGCCGAGGUGGUUCGUUCUGCAGGACGGAGUUUUGUCGUAUUAUAAGAUUCACGGUCCCGACAGGAUCGUAGUUACGGUUGAGACCGAGAAAGGAUCAAAAGUCAUCGGCGAGGAAUCGGUGCGGCGAAUUUCGAGGCAUAAGAACGGCAUUCCUCACCAGCUCCGCCGCAAGCCCUUCGGCGAAGUCCAUCUCAAGGUUUCGAGCAUCCGCGAAAGCAGAUCGGAUGAUAAGAGGUUUUCGAUCUUCACAGGCACAAAGAGGUUGCAUUUGAGGGCAGAGACCCGAGAAGAUCGACACGAAUGGGUGGAAGCAUUGCAGGCUGUGAAAGACAUGUUCCCGCGGAUCUCUAACAGCGAGUUGAUGGCUCCAGUGGACAAUGUCGCCGUUUCCACAGAGAAGGUGAGGCAGCGGCUUGUGGAAGAAGGUGUUAGGGAGGCAGCCAUUCAGGACACGGAGCAGAUAAUGAGGACUGAGUUCGCCGCGAUGCAGAACCAGCUCCUGCUGCUCAAGCAGAAGCAGUGGCUCCUAAUGGACACACUGCGACAGUUAGAGACAGAAAAGGUAGAUUUGGAGAAUACAGUGGUAGAUGAGAGCCGACACUUGAAAGAUUCCGGGUCUUCCUCUAGAUCAAGGCAAGACAAAUUCAGUGGUAUGCAUUUAGUAGAAGAAGGGAGUGCAAGUGAAUCGGAUGAGGAUAAUGAAAGAGUUGAGGAAGAAACAGAUGAAGAGGACAAUGCUUUCUUUGAUACUCGCGAUUUCCUAUCAUCAAGUUCUUUUAAAAGUAAUGGGUCUGAGUAUCGGAUAUCAUCCAUGUCUUCAGACGAUGAAAGGAUAAAUGCCAUUGAACCAGAAGAUGGUCUUGAUCCAUCCAUGAGAACCGUUGGAACUAACUUUCCUCUUGUCAAGCGCCGUAAGAAGUUGCCUGACCCUGUUGAAAAAGAGAAGAGUGUUAGUCUUUGGUCAAUGAUUAAGGAUAACAUUGGGAAGGAUCUCACAAAAAUAUGUCUUCCUGUAUACUUUAACGAGCCUCUAUCUACUCUACAAAAGGGUUUUGAGGAUUUGGAAUACUCGUAUCUCAUUGAUCGAGCAUAUGAAUGGGGUAAAAGGGGUAAUAGCCUUAUGAGGAUACUUAAUGUGGCUGCUUUUGCUGUGUCUGGAUAUGCAUCAACUGAAGGAAGAAAUUGCAAGCCAUUCAACCCAUUAUUAGGGGAAACAUACGAGGCUGACUAUCCAGACAAAGGCCUCCGGUUCUUCUCAGAGAAGGUUAGUCAUCACCCAAUGACUAUUGCUUGCCACUGCGAGGGUCAAGGAUGGAAAUUCUGGGGAGACAGCAAUUUGAAGAGCAAAUUCUGGGGUCGCUCGAUUCAGCUUGACCCUGUUGGUGUCCUGACCUUGGAAUUUGAUGAUGGGGAAGUUCUUCAAUGGAGUAAAGUUACAACGUCCAUUUACAACCUUAUCUUGGGAAAGCUUUACUGUGAUCACUAUGGGACAAUGCGAAUACAAGGGAAGCAUGAAUAUUCAUGUAAGCUGAAAUUUAAGGAGCAGUCUAUCAUUGACCGAAAUCCUCACCAGGUACAUGGUAUAGUUCAAGAUAAGAAUGGGAAAACGGCUGCAACAUUGGUUGGCAAAUGGGAUGAGAGCAUGCACUAUAUUUUAGGAGACUGUUCAGGGAAGGGAAAAGGUUCCGACUCUUUAUCUGAUGCCCGCCUGCUCUGGAGGAGGAACAAGCCACCCAAAUUUCCAACUAGAUAUAACUUAACACGCUUUGCCAUCACGCUGAAUGAACUCACACCUGGACUGAAGGAGAAGUUGCCCCCUACAGAUUCAAGGCUCAGACCCGAUCAAAGGUAUUUGGAAAAUGGGGAGUAUGAAAUGGCAAAUGCAGAGAAGUUGAGGCUAGAACAGAGACAGCGGCAGGCUCGGAAGAUGCAAGAGCAGGGUUGGAAACCGCAGUGGUUCGCAAAGGAUAAAGGAAGCGACACAUACCGCUACAUCGGUGGAUAUUGGGAGGCAAGGGAACAAGGAAAUUGGGAUUCAUGUCCUGAUAUUUUUGGGCAAGUCCCUUGUGAACCGCAACUUGAGUAAAGUUCUUUGUUUCUGGUUUAUCAAUUCGUAUUCAUUUUUUUCCUCAAAAGGGGUGGGGGUGGUGGUGGAUGCUGCUGAUUUCGAGUAAAAAGUUGGAUGAAAGGUCUUUGGCGGGCAAUAAAUAUUCAUUGUUUUUUUCACACCUCUGUUAUGCAAUGAGUUCAUUAUGACUCAGGCUGUUGAAGGGGUCAAAUCUGACGGUGAAGGGUGAAUUGGUCAAUUUUGAAAAGUUAAUAUCCUUAAUUCACCAAAA